AUGCAAUGGCACUAUUUAUGGAGCAAUGUCCUGACGAACUACGUACUCCUGGCGGUUGUAAUAACCCGUGCACAGUUUUUAACACCAACGAAUAUUGUUGCACCGAAGGACCUGGAACUUGUGGCCCGACAACAUUUUCGAGGUUCUUUAAGGAUAGGUGCCCGGAUACCUAUAGCUACCCGCUGGACGAUCAGACAAGCCUGUUCACUUGCUCUGCUGGUACCAACUACCGUGUUGUCUUCUGCCCGUGAUCAAGCUCUUAAAUUUGCUGUAGAAGUGUGGUGCACAAGUAGUGUUGUUCAACAUUAA